AUGGCCAGGCUAAGUAAGGUCGUUGACUUGCUGGAGCAGCUCGCCCAUGCUGGCCUUCCUACGCUCAUCAACGCCUUUUACAGAUCAGGUGACUUUACCAAGCACCACGGCACCUUCCAUGGUGAUCCAUCGACAGCCAGCUUUCCGCGAGUAGGGAACUGGAACUUAGCGCUGACGGGUUCCCUCCUGUGUCCACCAUUACGCGCAAUCUACAAGGACGUCUCCAACUUCGGUUCCUUUAUGGAAGCGUUCACGGUGUGCAACGCAAAGAAGCAACCACGCCCCCCGUGGUACCAACACUACCAGCUUCUCGUGACCCUGAUCGCAGCGAUGACUGACACAUGCACCCCGGACACGUACGAUGCGCUCAAGGUGAACUCCAACCCUGCGGAAUUUAUCCAUGUCUUCCGGACCCAUGAACGGACAACCCCGGCAAAAGGUGAAGCGGGCACCGGCUUGAGUCACCUCCUACAUGCUGAUCCUACGGAAGACGCCCCGCUAUCAGUCCUACCGCUCCAGACUGUGGGCACACAGGAAGCCAGCACCAUCGACCACGAGACGGAGAGCUCCUCUGAUGAUGUGAAGGUGGUCGCACUUAGGGAGCCUGCCCCGUGCACGGAGGCCCCUCGUCCCUCUCAGGCACCUACGGACCACAAACUCAUCGGUGGUCAUCAGGUGCGACAGCCGCCACAACCGCCAUCAAAAUCGACUACAGAGGAGACAGGGACCAAGCACUGGAUGCGUGCAAACGGCACCCCAGCUCGUGUGCGCGGGGAACGAGCCAAGGAGAUUUCCAAAGCCCUCACGCAGAUCCUUCGACAUGCGGCGCCCAGAAUUGGACUGCAUAUCCAAGAUGACGGCUACGUCGCUAUGGGAGACCUAUUGCAGGCCCCACGCAUCUGGAACCAAUGGAUCACAGAGGCGGAGAUCGUCGACGUAAUCCACUACAACCAGAAGAAUAGGUUCGAGAUCUCCCACCGCGACGGCGCCUACCUAGUACGUGCCCGACAAGGCCACUCCAUUGACCACAUCCAGAACGAGCUGAUCCUCACUCGCCUCACAGUCGAUGACACCCCUGAAUUCGUUGCCCACGGGACAUACUACGACUUCUACGAGAGCAUUGUACGUUACGGACUGAUGGCCGGAGGCAGGCAAGGACAAUCCUUCCGCCGUCAUGUACAUUUGGUUGAGCAGCUCCCAGGAUCGGAUGUCGUGUCGGGCAUGCGCAGCGACUGUGAUUUGGUGCUCUGGAUUAGCGCGCAAAGUGCUGCGGUCUCGGGCAUCACCUUCUACAGGUCGGCGAAUGAUGUCAUCCUCACGGAAGCCACCAUCGACCCGGCUUUCUUCCACAGUGUUCAGAUCAUGCAGAGCCUGGAGGUGUUGACCGCCGAUGGCGGUCCACCACACCCGCAACAGGUUGCACUGGCGAUUUCGCGCGCCUCCUCGCGCGACGCACAGCGCCACGGGCAAUACAUGAGGGUUGUGUGUGCUCAUGCCAUUGUGCCCCAUCGCUUGACAUCCCUGCAUGCCUCCAACACUCACGCACCUGUACCACUGCCACGCAGGACAGGCGGCUUGCCGCUGGGAAGCCGAGUCAGGAGACUCUGGAGAGACUGCCGCAUGCCCAAUAGACUACGCAAAAUCCGAAUUGGCUGCACAGUCAAAAAACGCAGGCGCAGACGCGCCAAAGGUCUCCGCCGCGGACCCAAGUGCACCACCUGCAUUCUCCGCAGCAUUGGCCGUGUGCUCGGGCAAGGUAUCCACUGUCUUCACUGUCUGUAUUCUGACUUUGAGGUGGUUUGGCAUAAUACAGGGAAUAAACCAGGGCUAAAUACCACUAAUAUGCUGUACAGCCAUGUGCAAAGGACCAGGGUGUGCAGGCAACUGCCCCCUCCUACUGGGAGCGAUGUAUCACACCGCCCCAAUGAGAACAAUCACUUCACCCCAAGCAGCCGGCCCGGUCCCAAGUCCGGGGUGGGGAGCUGUUUCACUGUCCUGAUCAUGAUGAUUCAAGCACAGCUCACCCACAGUGUGAGGGUUCCAGCUCUCUCCGCUGGAGCUGGGGAAGGCAACCCGUAUGCACAUUUAAGCUCUCGCCAUGUGCCGAAGCCAAGCGGGAUACAGGUCGUAUAUGGGAAGCAGGAUCCUACUCACGAUUGGAAUAGAUAUGUCAAGAGAUCUUUUAAGAGAGCAUGCCGUCAGGCCAUUACACAUGGACGCGCCACCUACAAAGGUCGCACACUCACUGUUCAAACCUCUCCCUCCGAGCAACCGCACACUGUUGUGCAACCCCCAGCGCCACUUAAAGGUAUACUGCCACAACGUCGGGGGCCUAGGUUCGGGGAUGUACGAGGAUUUGAUGGGGUUCCUGGAUCAAUCUCACUAUGA